UUUUUUUUUUUUUUUUUGCUCUUCUCUUGUAGGUCUGCAUCGAUUCAAUUGAAUAGUUGGGGCUUACUUAUCACUUCUUUUCAUCAUGGUUUCCUUCAACUAUCUCUUUGCUACUGUGCUUGCGGCCACCGCUGUUGUUGCCAGUCCUGUUGUGGCUUCCGACGAGAAUGUUUCACUUGAAGCUCGUGCCGGCCAGACGUACACCUGCAAAAAGGGCAACCAGAACGACGGUGCAGUCGUCGGCACUGUCUCCCAGGACAAAGUAAUUGGCUACCUCCGUCAGGCGGGCACCAAAAAGGGCGCCAGUGGUUAUCCGACUACGUUUACCAACAAUAACAACGUGAUAAAGAUCCCAUCAGGUUGCACCAAAAAGCAACUCUGGGAGCUACCUGUCCUUGCAAACGGCAAGCCGUAUGAUAUCAACAAGAAGAAAGGUGAUAACAACCCGGGUCCCAUGCGAGUUUAUUAUGCCGACGACCUCACCUUCUGCGCCGUUGGAGUCAAGGAAAACCCUGAGAAUAACUCCGGUAACCCUCACAACUGCAAAGUUGAAUAAAUCAGGGUUGUCGCCAAGGGUACUGUGCAUGCAGUGACUGUUGGAUGAAAAAGCCUUUUCUUUUUUUCUUCAAGGGCUUGGUGACCACUUUGAAGCCGGAGAGCUUUGAUAUUUAAUUAUGGCUGAAGAAUGCGGGAUGUUGCCGGAUUUCCACCGAUGCACCAACUUGUUCCCUUGUAAGGUUCAUGUGGAUAUAGUUAGCUAGGCAAUUCAUGAAUAUGUUGCUCGUCCUGGUUG